UUUUCAACAAUUCUCACUGCUACACAGAGUUGCACACAAACAUUAGUGUCCGGGACUCUGGAAGAACAAGACUUUUGUGGUGUUUUACUCGGGGGAAAAGUGUUGAUCGGUAUAGAUAUUUAAGAGAAUCUACUUCGGGAGGCUGAUACUGCAAUGAUGCGAAUAAGAGGAAUUGCUUACAUCGGUGCAGCAUUUGUGCUGGUUUUCAUCAUGAUUGCCUUGACGUCAGAGACGUUCAACCUGAACAGUCUGCUCCGUCCUGUCCCGCACUCUCCUCGCAUUGGUAAACCUUAUACACAAGAAUACAACAGUGAGGAUGUAGCUGCGGACAGCCCAGAAGUGGUGCGAGUGCUGCAAGAACAGUUUCUGAUUCCCCCAUCAAAACUACCCUACAAUUUGUCUCAGCCAGAGGAAGAAAACCCGUCUAUGGGUCAGGCUCAAAGGAUCGACUAUAUAUUAAAGGAAAAGAGGAAUGGGUUUUAUGUGGAAUGUGGUGCUCUUGAUGGAGAAAUACGUUCCAAUACACUAUUUUUUGAACGAAAGAGGGGCUGGAAUGGCCUUCUGAUAGAAGCUGACCCCAAAAACUUCAAUCAGAUGGUUGAGAAACACAGGAAGGCUUACAUGUCACCGUCUUGCCUUGCUCCCACAUCUCACCCCACUACGGUAAUGUUUCAACAACAAGAGAACCAAGGCCAUAUUGUUAAGGAACAAGAAAACCCUUCUAGCGGGUCUCAAGUUGGGGACGUCUUAGAAGUACAGUGCUUCCCUCUCUUCUCCUACCUGGUAGCAUUAAAUGUCACUACAGUCGACUACUUUAGCCUAGAUGUCGAGGGAGCCGAGUUUAUUGUACUGAAGACCAUACCAUGGGAUAAAGUGGAUAUUAAGACCCUCUCGGUGGAAUUCAUUCACGAUCCAGAAGGAAAGGAUGCCAUACAGGAAUAUAUGAAAACAAAAGGAUAUUUUGUUCACUCAGAAGUUAGACACUACAACUGGUUAGCUAAUGACUUCAUAUUUGUUAAAAAAUCCAUGCAAUGAUUAGUACAAAAUAUUGUAAGUUCAGCCUACAAAUAACAAGAGGAAAGUUUUUAUAUAGGUGAUUUUUUGUAAGAUAUUAUUUUUUGCCUCUUUUGUAAUACAAAAUGUUUAAACAAUUAUGUGCCAUGAAUACACAUAAUGAGUGCGAACUACGAAUAUAAUUUGUAUAGCAGGCUUAUGUUGGAAAGCGUGUGUGUGUAUGUUAUGCAAGAAAAUUGAUCAGGUCGCGCUCGGCACACGUAUGCUCACUACAAUGUGUACUCACGCUAUCUUAGGAGUUCUCAGUAAAUUAAUUCGUUUAGUCACAAUUAUUUAUUAAUAAUCUCAAAAGAUUUAAAUCAACGUGUCCGUUACAUUUUGUAAUACCAGCUAGCAAGCGUCACACUGGAUUUAUGCAUAUUGCAUGAAGUUGCAGUGAUUGCAAACAUUUGGAAGGGAAUGUAAUUUUAUAUGUCAAAUAUGUUGCAAGUUUUGCAACUCUCCAUAUUCACACACGUAUAGAAAUAAACACACCUCAUGUAAGGACACACGCUUCUAUGUAUACACACCUCAUGUAAGGACACACGCUUCUAUGUAUACACACCUCAUGUAAGGACACACGCUUCUAUGUAUACACACCACAUGUAAGGACACACGCUUCUGUGUAUACACACCUCAUGUAAGGACACAUGCUUCUAUGUAUACAUUCACAUGUAAGGACACAUGCUUCUAUGUAUACAGACACAUGAAAGGACAUGGGCUUCUAUGUAAACACAUAUCAUUUAAGGACACAUACUUCCAUGUAUACACACACAUGUAAGGACACGUGCAUGCAUGUACACACAUGCAUGCAGAAAUAUCCACUUCAGAAUCUCAAAUAUGUUUUGCAAACUGGCAUUAUAUUAAUUUUGUACUAGUUACCAUGACUCUCAAUACAAUGCUUUUAUUAA